CUUAAUGAAGCCAGGUGUCCCUCUUCUGUGAGUCAUGGAGUGUCAGAGGAGCUCGAGAUGGUUCUUUUCAGCUGGGCUUCUCAUUCUGGAAGUAUUUGCUUUGAGAAAGAUACAGGCAGUCCACCACAGGCAUGUGAUUCAGUUCACCACAGUGGGUAUAGACCACUCAGUCUUGGAACUAAGUGCAAUUAGCCUCAUAGAUGACAUUGAAGUGGCAUCCUAUAACAAAGGACAGAAGCAAAUUGCUAUCAAGAUACCUUGUAUCUCUGAAGUACUAGGAGUCAAUUAUCUUACCCAGUGGCAUAAUUCACUGGUGAAACACGAGCAAGAUUUCCUCCGGCCAAUCCAAUUCUUAGCACGGAAUGACAUUAACCGACAUAGAAACCACACAGCCCAGCUCCAGGCAGAAUGUGAAAUGGACAAUGACAUAACAGUAAAGAGUCACAUCUAUUUAAUUUGGGAUGGGGAGGAAUGUUACCAAAUAGAUGAAGAGGUUGGGCACUGGGAGAACAUGAAUCCCGAAUUCAAGCAAUACCAAUACAUUCUGGAGAGUUCUCUCAGGACCAGUCUAAGAAAACACUACAUGAAUCUAUAUUGUGUUGACUUGAUGAAGAAAAUUGUUGGAUAUUCAAGCUUAAGAGAUAAUGUGGCCCCUGAGAUGGCUGUAUCUCAACAUGUCAGCCCAGAAGGCAGCAUCAUUCUCUCCUGCAUUGCCACAGGUUUCUACCCUCGUUCCAUCCUGAUGCGCUGGGAAAAGAAUGGGAAGCUGGGGAUUUGGGGAAAUGAGAGUUCCAGUGGCACCCUGCCCAAUAUGGAUACCACCUUCUACCUCAAAGUUACCUUGGAGCUCCCACUAGAGGACUCAGGUGCAGGUUAUACCUGUGUGGUGGAACACAGUGAGCUGACAAGUCCUGCUAUGUAUCCAGUCCCUAGAAAGCCCACUAUGAACAAGCCUUGGAUUCUUGCAUUGGGCAUCAUGUUGGCUGUCAUCCUACUGCUGAGCUCUGCUGGGGUCUUCAUCAAAUGGAAGAUGAGGAAGACAGUUCUGCAUGUAAGAAGAGAUAAGUGACAGGAAUAUUUGUAUUGGGAGCACCCAAGGAAACAGGAGAUAUUGCUAUCAUAGCAACCUCAAUAACUGAUUGUAAGAAAAUGUUUUGAGAAGAGAAUCCCAGAAUCUUAGGGUCAAAGUAGUACACAAAGUCUAUGUAAUAUAAACCAUACCUGUUCAAAAAUUUCUCAAUAUAAUCCUGGCAAGUGAAUCUUUCUAAACCUUAGUCAGCUUAUCUGUAAAAGGGGGAUAUUAAUGGCACCUGCAUCACAAUAAUAUGCAUAUAAAGGGUCAGUCAAACCUUUAAGUGCAAUGGAAAUAUUAGUAAUGAUUAUGACUAUUAAUGCAGUUAGAGAUCACUUUUUCCUUCUUUUUUAACGGUAAUGCCAAGGCUAAGUCACAUUGCUGAUUUAUAUGAAGAUUUCCAUCCACUAAAAUAC